AUGGAAGAUGAUUAUAAUGCAGAAUUGAAAAACUCUGGUUUUGAUUAAUAAUCAGCAACAAAUGUGAAAAACCACAUUGCUUUGGUUAAGAGCAUCAUAGAAUCAACAAACUAGCAAUUAGGGGAAUACAACAAGGAUAUCGAAAAUUUGAGAUAAGAAUUAUCAGCAAUGAAAUAAGAAGUAACUGUAUACAACGAAGAAAUAAAUAACACAACAAAACCAACAUUAGCAGCUUUGCUUAAAAACUUAAAAUUAGCAAUUGGUGCAUAAAAAGAUGAAAAUUCUAAGUUAUAAUCACAACUAACAGAGCUUAAAAAGGAAAAGAGUCAAAUAUAAUAACUAAUUAUAUCGUGCAUAAAUAAACUAGCUAUUCUUGAAAACCAAGUUGGCUCUUAUUCUUGA